AAAGUUUAUCUGUAAAAAUAAUUUUGUUCGAUGUGUCUUUACAGAAACUAUGAACAUACUCGCAUUAACGGUCGUAUUGGCUGUGGCCGCCCUGGCCCAGGCAGACGAAAACAACUUUGACGGUUUCGGACAAGGAAGUUUCGGAUGGGGAUCUGGUGUUGGACUCGGCGGUAGUUGGGGAUACGGUGGCGGACAUGGAAGCAGUUGGGGGCACGGUGGCAUGUCCAAGGGAUAUGGUGGCGGAUAUGGAAGCAGUUGGGGACACGGUGGCAUGUCCAAAGGAUAUGGUGGCGGAUAUGGAAGUAGUUGGGGACACGGUGGCAUGUCCAAGGGAUUUGGUGGCGGAUAUGGAAGCAGUUGGGGACACGGUGGCGGCAUAUCAAAAGGCUACGGCUAUGGAUACGGCAAACAUGUUGUUAAACCCGUGAUUCCAGUACCAGUGGUUCCAGUUGUAAAGGUACCAAGGCCCAGACCAGUGAUCCCAGUCGUACCAGUUGUCAAGGUACCACAGCCCAAGCCUGUUAUUCCCGUUCCAGUCGUUCCGGUUGUGAAAGUACCAAAACCCAGACCAGUGAUCCCAGUCGUACCAGUUGUCAAGGUACCAAAGCCCAAGCCUGUUAUCCCCGUUCCAGUCGUUCCAGUUGUGAAAGUACCAAAGCCAAAGCCAGUUAUCCCUGUUGUACCAGUAGUGAAGGUGCCACUGCCAAAGCCUGUCAUGCCAGUUGUCCCUGUCAUGAAAGUCAUGCAUAAGGGUUACGGUGGUUACGGGCAUGGUGGAUAUGGCGGCAUGUCUGGUGGUUUUGGUGGAUUUUCUAGUGGAUUUGGUGGAUUUAGUGGAAUAAGCGGUGGAAUUGGAAGAAUUGGAUUCGGAGAUGAUGAUGAUUUCUACGAUGACGACGAAUUAUUUGGUUUCCAUGGUAGAUACAGCCACGGAAUUAGCGGAGGGUCACGUGGUUUUGGAAGUGCAUUUGGAGGCGUAGGAGGACUGCCCAUGCACGGUGGUGCAGGAGCUUCUCUUGGAGGUGUUGGACAUUUCGGUGGUCACGGAUCCUCUCUUGGUGGCGUAGGACAGUAUCAAGGCAUGGGAUCAUCUCUUGGUGGCGUAGGACAGUACCAAAGCAUGGGAUCAUCUCUUGGUGGUAUAGGACAGUACCACGGCAUGGGAUCAUCUUUUGGUAGUGUAGGUUCCUCAAUGGGUGGCGCUCAAUCUUUCGGCCAUUUUGGUCAUGGUGACAACGGAUGGAACAACAAUGGAUGGGAUAAUAACAAUGGCUGGGGCAAUAACAAUGGAUGGAACAACAAUGGUCUGAACAAUAAUGGAUGGAACAACAAUGCUUGGAAUAACAAUAAUGGCUGGAACGACAACACAUUUCGUCACCAUUAAUGGUAAUAUUUAAGCCAGUAAUUUGAAGUAUAAAUAGUACUUCAAUUCCUUAAUUUAAUGUGUAAUUGUAGGAUGUUACUUAUGCGGUUUGCGUAAAAGUCCGAGUGUAUUUUUGAACAUGAAAAAUAGAUGUAACUAUAACUUAUAAUAUUUGUUAAGACUGAAAUUUCAGACAUUUCUAUUUAGUUUAUACAGUAUACUGGUAUAUGCUACUGUUAAUAGCGUUUUAGGUAUUGUAGAUCUUUUAUUUGUAAAACAGUACAGCGUAAGAAUUACUUUAUAAGUAUCAAUUUCUACAUAAAAUUUUAUAAACCAUUUGACAACAAUGCUGAUAAGAACUAGUUUCUUUCUAAAUUGCUAGCAAAAGUCAUGUAUAUAUAAUCAAGAAUUGUGAUAGAAUUGUAUAGAUAAUUCAGAAACUAGUCUCAGAGCCACUCAUUCUCACAUUCAGAUUUUUCCUAUCAAAAUGUGUCAGGAAAAAUGUCUUUAGUUUAAUUUUAUUGACAGUUUACCGUUUAGAAAUAUUUAAGUCAGAUUGCAUAUUUAUGAUCACAUAUUUCACAGUCUGCGAAAAUGAAUGAAGAUUUUCGACCCCAACCAACCCCAAAUUGCGAGCGAGUAGCAUUUAAUUUGCUGUCAGUGUCAAUAGGUACACAUUUUCGCACAGUUUUUUUUUUAGAACUUUUGCUUAUUAAAAUGUACACAUCUGUUCGGCAUCAUAACAUGACCAAAUCUAAUUACGACAAUUUAUAGUAUUUUUUUUUACAAUCUUAAAACUUGAGCACAAGUUUUCUUUCAUAAGAUAAAAAUUGUUGUUGUAACAACUUUGUUGUUUUACAUACUGGCACUGAGGCUAUCUGAUUUCUAGUAUUUUUGAAAAGUACAAAAUAAAUUCAGAAUUUCCUAAUGUUCAAAGCAGAUAAGUAAAAUACCUUUGUAAGUAUCAGGCUUUUAUGCUAUGCUAAAUUUUCGAUUCUUCUCCAAGCAUGAUACUAGCUUUUUUUGCAAAGUUGAAUAGUUUUAAAAAUAAUAUUUUUUCUCAUAAUGCACUAUGUGUCAGACGCUUUUUGUCUUAUGACACCGAAGAAAUGUUAAACAAUAUUGUCGAUUUUAUCAUCUAACUUUCGUUUGACUUUAUUAAUUUACAAUAGGUAUUUAUAGUGAAUAAGCAGUAAUU